AAGAAUCUUCAAGAAAAGAAAAAUAAAUGAUGCAAUCAAUAGAUUUCGCGUGGACGGUGCAUCUGUUCUCGCAAUCUUGUCAUCUUCCUCAAUGACAGCUCCAUGUGAGCUACAGGUGUUCUUGCCUCAGCUAAUUUAUCCCUGCCAAACUAUCUUCUCAAGUAUAUGGUCUAAUCAAUUUUUGGGUCUUCCUCCAUCUUCCGAUUCAGAUUCGUCGCUUCUGUGUAUAGUUCUCCUCCUUCUAGACUCUCAAUCAAUUGCUUGGGUUGUGUUGUAAUUCCCAAUUUGGUCACCCUCUUGUGUGUUUUUCUUCUAUCGUUGACUUUUUGCUUUGCACAGUGAGAUAAAGAGUCAUAUUCAGGUAAACUGAAUCCAAGAUGUCAAUUUUUAAGAGUGAACUUUCCGGUAACAAUGUUAGUUCUAGGGUUGAGGAUAUUCUUAGUGGUAUUGUGCCUUUGAUGAAGCUUAUCUGUUUAACCUUGAUCGGUCUUCUUCUUGCUCACCCUAAGACUCAAUUAGUACCCAGAGCUACGUUUAGGCUCUUAAGCAAGCUCGUCUUUGCUCUGUUCUUGCCUUGUCUUAUCUUUACUGAGCUCGGAGAAAGCAUUACCUUAGAGAACAUUGUUCGUUGGUGGUUUAUUCCGGUCAACGUGCUACUCAGUACGAUCAUAGGGUCCUUUAUAGGAUACUUAGUCGUUCUCUUAUGUCGGCCUCCUCCAGAGUUCACUAGAUUCACUAUCGUCAUGACUUCUUUUGGAAACACUGGGAAUCUCUUGCUAGCUAUUGUUAGCUCAGUGUGUCACACCAAGAACAACCCUUUUGGGCCGCAUUGCCACUCGAGAGGAGUUACCUACGUAUCGUUUGCGCAAUGGGUCGCUGUGAUUCUUGUGUAUACUGUUGUGUAUCACAUGAUGGAGCCGCCUUUGGAGUACUAUGAGGUUGUUGAGGACGAAGGGGUUGAGAUAGAAGAGGUUAAUGUGGCUGCUCAUAAUGUUAGUAGGCCUCUUCUAGUGGAAGCUGAAUGGCCAGGGAUCGAGGACAAAGAAACCGAACAUUGCAAGACUCCUUUCAUUGCGAGGGUAUUCAAUAACAACUCGAGUCACUCACAGACUUCUUUGCCUGAAGUUGAUCUCAGGGGAGAAACCGGAGGCGAGAUUUCAAGCCCCAGGUCGCUUCAGUGCUUGGCUGAGCCAAGAGUAAUGAGGAGGAUAAGAGUCGUAGCUGAACAGACUCCAGUCAAACACAUACUCCAACCUCCAACGAUCGCAUCUCUGUUAGCCAUCGUUGUUGGAUCAGUGCCUCAGCUGAAAAAGAUUGUCUUUGGGUACGAUGCUCCACUUUCUUUCAUCACAGAUAGUUUGGAUAUAAUGGGGAGCGCAAUGGUUCCUUCUGUGAUGCUUGUUCUUGGUGGUAUGCUCUCUGAAGGACCAAGGGAAUCAACUCUCGGGUUACGUACUACGAUCGGGAUAUGUGUUGCAAGACUCUUGGUUCUUCCUUUAGUUGGAAUAGGGAUUGUGAUGUCUGCUGAUAAACUUGGUCUCAUUUCUCCAGAUCCGAUGUUCAAGUUUGUGCUUCUUUUGCAGUAUUCGACACCAAGUGCCAUUUUACUAGGAGCCAUCGCGAGUCUAAGGGGUUAUGCGGUUAGAGAGGCCUCGGCGCUUUUAUUUUGGCAGCAUACCUUUGCGUUGUUGUCCCUUACGUUGUACAUUAUCAUCUUCUUCAAGCUCACUGUUGAUACUCUCCAAGGUAUGCCAUAAAUCGAAGGAAACAAAAAAUAUGAAAAAUGUAACCUUGAUGGAUAAAGAAAUUGAUAUUCAAUUCGUGUGUUUGGUGAAUAAAUGACCCACUUGCAAACUCUUUUUUUA